UUGUCCGAAUCCGAGAUUCUCCUAACCUAUUUCAUUAAGUUGCAUAUUUACAAAAUAGUGAACUUGAUACAAUUAAUUAUAGAUUAUUGUGCAACUAUGUUAGGAAUACGUUCUCUUCUAAACAACAUAGUUAAUGCGCAGACUGUGCUAACACAGCAAACAAGAACAACAUUUGUGCUGAAGAGGAAAUGGCCACCACCAUUGCACAAGAGAAAUAGCAGACCGACAAAGCUGAGAGGUCGUCACUUCGUGUACGAUCUGGUUGAAGACACAAACGUUGUCAAACAGCCUGAUAUGAAAGUCAUUUUGAAUCAGUAUGUCGAAGGUGUUGGUAAUGCAGGAGAUGUACUCACCUUAAGACCCAAUGAGGCCUACAGAGAUUAUUUGAUGCCAGGUCUAGCAGUGUAUUUUAAUCCUAAGAACAUGGAGCUAUACAAAGUUGAUGAAAACAAACCUAAAACUGAAGAUACUUUCAGUUCUCCCUAUGUCCAAAGGACUAUGAACUGCCUUUCCCGGCUGGUUCUACAAAUCACAAUGAACAAACGAGAACCCUGGACUCUAGAGCCAUGGCAUGUCAAGGCAUCAUUUAGAAAGGCAGGCUUUGUGGUCCCCGAACAUGCAAUCACAAUGCCUCCAGGCAAAAUUAAUGGGCCUGACAUGUCUCUCCAAGAAAAGGAAUUUUAUGUGACUGUUACAAUAAAUAAAAAAGAGACAGUCAAUGUGCGAUGCAGAAUUCACCACUGGGCUACGGGGCUGGACAGACUCCCCUGGGUAGAGUACCAUUGGAAGAAGCCUGCGGAACCACUCUUCCCUGCACAAGCUGAAGUGCUGCAGAACAUGCCUCUUCCAAAAUAAAUCCAUCAUGAGCUAAUGUAGUCAUAACGCAAUACAAAACUAGAACAGUAAA